UGUUCUCUGCCUUCUCUGUGGUUGACUUGGGUGCUAUUGCUAUCAUCACGGUCCUCUUUGAGGUUGCUUUGGGUGAUUGAUGGUGUUUAUGUUUUGAGUUCUCAAGUUCUUGAUUGUCCUUGCAAUUAUUUCUCAACAAAGAGUGAAUAUUUUGAUUGUGUGUAAAAUGGAUAGCUCAAAAAACAGGCAUAAUGACAACCUGGGUGUGAACAAAGUGGGAAAAAACAUAAGAAAAAGCCCAUUACAUCAGCCCAAUUAUGGUAACAACGCUAAUAAUGGUGUUGCUAGACAGCAACAACCUCAGCCUCAGGUUUACAACAUAAGCAAGAAUGAGUUCAGGGAUAUUGUUCAGCAACUAACUGGGUCUCCCUCCCAGGAUCCUCAAUCAAAACCCCCUCAUAACAAUUCUCCAAAACCUCAAAGCAUGAGAUUGCAGAAGAUUAGGCCUCCCCCUUUACCUCAUGUGCGGCCACCAUUACCUGUUCCUUACAGCAACAACAACAACAACAACACCAUGCCAGCAAGACCUAAUCAGUUUGCACAACCACCACAUAACCCUUUGCAAAAGGGUGACAUGACAUGGGGUAAUAUAGCUGAAUCACCCAUCUCUGCCUACAUGAGAUACCUUGAACAUUCAAUUAUAGAUCCAGGUUCAAGGGGAAACCAAGCUCAGCCUCAUCCACCAUCUUCUACUUUGCCUCCUUACCCUGUGUUUCCCUCUCCAAGAUUAAAUGGUCCUGUCGUGCCUUCGAAUGGCACAAACAUUCCUCUGGCUACUUUUCCUUCCCCUCCAAUUUUACCUUCUCCAACCUCUCAGUUCCUCUUGCCUUCACCCAAUUGUUACACCAAUUUCCCAUUGCUCUCUCCUGGCAUUCAGUUUCCAUCUCCUUUUACCCCCAAUUUAGGCAACGGGCCACAGCCUCCGCUUUCUCCUGGCCUGUUUCCGUUAUCUCCUUCAGCCUUUUUCCCCAUCACAAGUCCUAGGUGGUGAGAUCAAUAGCCUUAUCAUUUCAAAUCAAAUGCUUUGUUGGGGAUUAUGCUCCCUUCUAACUCAACUGAUCUUUGUUCUCACAAGAGCUCUCUUCAUUGUCUUCAUUUCCCAUUAUUCCAUUGUUUUUUUCUUCUUUUAUUGAUGACCAUAAUGGCUGCAAUCCUUUUACUUUUAUGAGUUUUAUACAUUAGGCAAUAUAUUGAAGAUCAGGAGGUCAAAUGGACAGGAGCAGUAAAAUGGAAGAAUGAGCUGUAACAUGAAAGGAAGUAGGAUUACAGGCAAUAUUUGUUAUGUAGGGUAGGUCACGUUCUUUUGUAAUAUAAUGGAUUCCAUGUUAAAAUGCAUAGUUAGUUUCAUGUUAUCUUUACAAUGGAAGAUAUUUUUAAGUACUCAUCUUAUACUUAUUACCAGGUGAUAUUCAUUAAAAGAUAUCUG